AUGACUGACGCCUCUGCCGCCUCGCCUUCGUCUACUCCAGGUUCUACCAAAUCCAAGUCCAAUGAUGAUGCCGACGCCGCCCCAAACAGUGCCGACUCAUCGUCGACUAGUAGUGCUCCCUCAGCCAACAUACACAUGCGAUGCCUCAUCGUCACCCAGGACGCCUCGAUCAUCAUCGGUAAGGGCGGGUCUCAUGUAAAUGAGAUCAGAGAGAAAAGCGGCGCUCGUGUCGUCGUUUCCGAAAGCAUACCCGGGAACCCCGAGCGUAUCCUUAAUGUCAGCGGGCCUCUUGAUGCUGUCUCAAAGGCCUUUGGACUCAUCGUGCGGAGGAUUAACGACGAACCAUUUGAUACGCCGUCGGUCCCUGGUAGCCGAGCUGUGACUAUCAAGUUUAUGAUUCCCAACUCCAGAAUGGGGUCAGUGAUAGGCAAGCAGGGAUCCAAAAUUAAGGAAAUACAGGAUGCCAGCGGGGCACGCCUUAACGCGAGUGAAGGGAUGCUCCCUGGAUCCACUGAGCGAGUCCUCAGUGUUGCCGGGGUCGCUGACGCCAUCCACAUAGCAACCUACUACAUCGGCACUAUAUUGAUCGAAGCCCAAGAACGCAUGCCGUCUGCCUCCAAUUCUUCCUACCGACCUACCAGUCAUUCUCGUCGGCCAUACAGUGGGUCGUCAUACGUGCCAGGGUACUCGAACCCAUACUCCCCGCCGUCCCAUCACAACCCUCCACAGCAGAUGCAGACACAGCAGAUAUACAUCCCCAAUGAUUUCGUCGGCUGUAUCAUUGGCAAAGGUGGCAGCAAGAUCAACGAGAUCAGGCAUAUGAGCGCCAGCCAGAUCAAGAUCAUGGAACCUGGAGCUGUUGGGGUUGGUCCGGGAAUACCAGCUGCGUCGCCAGGCGCGGAGGGAGAGCGCUUGGUUGUCAUCACUGGCCAGCCAUCCAAUAUACAGAUGGCUGUACAACUGCUUUAUCAUCGCUUGGAGCAAGAGAAGCAAAAGCAACUUCGUGCUCAGUCAUCUUCAUGA